GGAGCGCGGGUCCUGAAGAAGAAGAAAAAAAGAAAAAAAAGCAGGAGUAGUGUGAUCGAGCACCGUGCCAAGAGGAUUGUCCCUCAUAGUGAAGACAACAAUAACCUGCAGGUUGUGGCUUUAAAACGUGCAUUUCACUUUUAGUCGACGCUGUCGGUGUCUGUCGUUUGAAGGAAACCUAGCGAGCAACGAGCCGUCAGUGAGUAGAGAUGUCGGGUGUCGUGCGGGGGCCUGCGGGGAACAACGACUGUCGGAUUUACGUCGGAAACCUUCCUCCAGAUAUCCGCACAAAAGACGUGGAGGACGUCUUCUACAAAUACGGCACGAUCCGAGACAUCGACCUGAAGAACAGGAGAGGGGGGCCGCCUUUCGCCUUCAUUGAGUUCGAGGACCCCAGGGACGCCGAUGAUGCAGUGUAUGGACGUGAUGGAUAUGACUACGACGGCUACAGACUGCGUGUGGAGUUUCCUCGGAGCGGCAGAGGCUCCAGAGGAGGUUUCGGCGGGAUCGGCGGUGCUCCUAGAGGGAGAUAUGGGCCUCCAUCCAGACGCUCCGAGUACAGGGUGAUUGUGUCAGGGCUCCCUCAGAGCGGCAGCUGGCAGGACCUGAAGGACCACAUGCGUGAAGCAGGCGACGUGUGCUACGCUGACGUUUUCAGAGAUGGAACUGGCGUUGUAGAGUUUGUGCGCAAAGAAGACAUGACCUAUGCCGUUCGAAAACUGGACAACACCAAAUUCCGCUCACAUGAGGGAGAGACUGCUUACAUUCGUGUGAAAUUAGACGGUCCCCGCAGCCCAAGUUACGGAAGAUCACGCUCUCGCAGCCGUGGCAGCCGGAGCAGGAGCCGGAGUCGCAGCGCCAGCCGCAGCCGGAGCAAUUCCCGUGGCCGUGGCAGAGGAUCACCCCGCUACUCACCUCGUCACAGCCGCUCUCGCUCCCGUUCUUAAACCUUUCUACCACUGAUGUUUUGCCCUUUUGAUGUAUACCCUACUGUUUUUACCUCCUUAUGAGUUUCUCCAAGAUGUCAGCUGUUGAUUUUUAAUUUUUUGCAUUUCAUGUCCCGAUGUCCUUGUGGAUGAUCUUGGUAUGUAGGUGUACUCUCCCGCCCUCCUUUUUCACCCUCUUCCCCUUCUCCUCCUCCCCUCUCUCCAGCUGCUUUUGUCCUUGUGUUUUCUCCCUUUCUUCCCUUCUUUUUCUGUCUUCUCAAUUUUUGGCAACAUUAGAAAUUGUGCUUUGUUGAACUUCAAAAACGUUGAGUUGUAAAAGCUGCACUCAAUGUUUUUGGAAGUAUUGAAAAUUGAGUUUUGUUUUCCUUUUUUUCUUUUUCUUUUUUUUUAAAGAAAUAGCCUGUCUCAUUGGAUAUUUUGGGGUGGGCUGUUUUGGACGGGGAGCCCAAUGCUUAACUGUAUUUUACCCUUGUGUCUUCCUUUAGACAUCUGAAGAGAAGGAUUAAAGUGAUUUGGAAUAAAACCAUUGUGGAGCACAUUUCAUUUGUAUGGUCAGGAUAGGACAUCUAAAUGAGGAGCAAUCAGGUCGAGGCAAUGGUACGCUUCAUAUUCCAUAAAUUGAACAUUUUGAUAGGUUGCUAUAUCAUGCAUGUCAUACUUUAACAAAGCCAUAUGUGCUGUACUUUGUUUUAUAUAUAUAUAUACAUCUAUCUAUAUAUAUACAUAUAAAUACAUUACAUUUUUAACAUGCUACUCUGGCCUGUGACAGAAAAAGCAGUCCUAGAUCAAGUGUUGUGAUGUAAGUGUAACAUCUUUUGCUGUCAAAUGUAAAUCUGAAUCGCUACUUUGUUGCAAAUGCGCCCCAUUUUUAACUUAAUGUCCUCUUUUUUUGGUUAAAAUGUUUUAUAAAUUCAGGGAGCGAUUUAAGAUUUUGUGCUCAGUGGCAUUUUUGUUUUGUUUUGUUUUUUUUCUUAAUCUGACAUGAGUGCUCAAAAAUGGAAAAUUAGGCCCAAAAUUUUGACAUUUUAUUCUAACGGUCUGCCUCUGAUUUUCUUCCUGGUAUUUCAAGGUUUUGAUUGGAGGAGUGGCUCAGUGGAUCCCAAUCCUUUGGAGCUGGAUGAGUGGAUCGAUUAGGGAAGGGAUAGGCAAGGAUGGAUGCUCGGAACGGGAUCAGAUUUCCAGGAUUCAAAUGAAUUGAAAUCAGAACUAAUUAACGGGAGUCCCAGAGCAACUUUUUUUUUUAUUAGCUCCCCCCCACCCUGCCUAUCUUUUAAAGUUUUUCAGUGAUAAUGGCUUUAUUUUACAAGAAAAAGGAAACAGAGGACCAGGAAGUUGGAUCAAAGGAUGGAAUCGUAGAUGCCUGGUAUGAAGGAAUUGUA